UCGGCCUGACCGUGGAAGACGAGCACUGUUUGCCCGGGGAGUGGUGUUUGGCCUCUUGUUCCAGUAGGGCGCAGGGCGCGCAGCGUCUGGAGGAAGACAGGGCGUGGAGGAGCUGCGGCUAUGGCGAUCUAGUCCUGUUGCGGCGAGAUUCUUGUUGCUAGGCCCUCGGAUCCUCGGAUUCCCGCGGCUGGAGCUGGAAUCCUUGGAAUUCUGGCUUGGAUUUCGUAGGAUUGGGCCGGGGCGGCGCGGGCGAGAUAAGAUGUUGUCCAGCAGGGAUUCCAGGAUUUCUCGCGGCGUGGUAGGGUUUGGAAUCGAGCAAUGCAGGUGAAAUAUCGUCACGGGAAGUAUGUAGGGUAGAAUUCGCGAGCAAGACUCUUCGAUUCGUCCGGUCAUGAGACGCGGUUUUGGAGUAGCAGCAUUCUAGCAAGCAAUGGUGACGCCAUUCGAGCGGCCACGAACUCGGUCAAACGCUGUCUUCAAGAGUGGCCCGCUGUUGAUUUCUUCCAAAGGUUUGGGAUGGAAGUCAUGGAAACGACGGUGGUUCAUACUUACGAGGACGUCACUAGUCUUUUUCAAGGACGAUCCGAACGUUCUUCCGCUACGAGGAAGCGAAGCAAGCAUGACGUUGGGUGGAAUCGAUCUCAAUAAUUCCGGGAGUGUUCUUGUUCGUGCCGAUAAAAAGUUGCUCACUGUAAUGUUCCCUGAUGGCCGAACUGUUACCCUCAAGGCCGAGACAUCGGAGGAUGUGGAAGAAUGGAAGGUAGCCCUCGAGCGAGCGCUUGCUGCAGCCCCUAAUGCCGCAUUGGUAGUGGGGCACGAUGGGAUUUUUCGCAACGACUCUAUUGAUGUGAUUGAAACAUCGACUGAAUUAGGGAAAGAUAGAAGAUCCGUCAAGUCAAUGGUUGUCGGUAGACCGAUUUUACUUGCUUUGGAAGACAUUGACGGUAGUCCAUCGUUCCUGGAGAAGGCUUUGUGCUUCAUUGAGCGUUAUGGAGUCAAAGCGGAGGGAAUUUUACGUCAGUGUGCUGAUGUGGAAGAGGUGGAGCAUCGUAUUCGCGACUAUGAACAAGGAAAAACUAGCUUCUCACCAGACGAAGACGCUCAUGUUGUGAGUGACUGCAUAAAGCUUGUACUUAGGGAGCUCCCUUCCUCUCCCGUGCCGACUCCUUGCUGCACCGCACUUCUUGAAGCUUAUAGGCUUGAAAGCAAAGAAGCUCGCAUUACGUCAAUGCGGUUGGCAGUUGCUGACACGUUUCCCGAGCCUAAUCGUCGGCUUCUACAAAGAGUCUUAAGAAUGGGUCGGGCUAUCGCCGCACAUACUUCAGACAACCUGAUGACGGCUUCAGCGGUUGCUACUUGUAUGGCACCUUUGCUUCUUAGACCCCUUAUAGCUGGCGAAUGCGGUCUAGAGGAUGAUUCGGACAUAAGCGGUGACCAUGCUGCACAGGUUCACGCCGCUGCAGUUGCUGCUAACAAUGCCCAAGCCAUCGUGACAACAUUACUGGAAGAGUAUGACAAUAUUUUUGAGGAUAAUGAUCAACAGGGGCCUCCCUCGCCCGAGAUGUAUCCUAACCUGGAAGGCAGCGAGAGCGGAGAGUCAUCCGAAGAAGAAGUUCUACAAAUGCACGAGACCGAUGGCUAUCACGACGCGGAAAAUGACUUGGAUGCUCAACCGGACGAGGAUCCAGAACGUGUUCAUAGUGGCGCUCUUAGCGAGACUAGUAGCAAUGCUGGUAGUGAUACGUUCGACUACAAGGCUUAUGACGGUAAAGAGAUGGAGAAGGAUGCUUUUGGAGGGAAGCCACUGAAAGGGUGGUCCAAACCCAGUCAUCUGAGAAAUGAGAACAGAGGAAAUGAGGUGCUUUGGGAAGAUAGUGGACGUUCUGCAACAACACCGAAACUCGAUCUUUUAAGCGCUCGUAAGCCCUCCUCCAAGCUGCAUGCUUCGACAUCUGGCAGCCAGGCUAGCUCCAGGAAUGAACCUGUUGAUGGCUCUGCUGAUGAGGAAGCGGCAAUUCAACGGUUGGAGCUUACUCGAAGCGAGCUUCGGGCUAAGAUUGCUAAGGAGGCUAAAGGAAAUGCAAUUCUUCAAGCGAGUUUGGAAAGACGAAAGCAAGCACUUCACGAUCGCCGGCUCGCUCUUGAACAGGACGUAGCAAAGCUUCAAGAACAGCUGCGAGUCGAACGAGAACUACGAACUGCUUUGGAAUCCGGGUUCAGCCUUUCAACUGGAGGAAGUAUGGACUCCCAGACUAGAGCUGAAUUGGAAGAGAUCGCAGUCGUUGAAGCAGACGUUGCAGAGCUGAAGAAGAAGGUUGCUGAACUACACAUACAGCUUAAUCAGCAGCGUCAACAGCAAGUAAGCUUGAUGCCGGAUACCUCUGAGCGCCAGCAGCGAUAUAAAAGUCUCCAAUCUCAGCAGAAGAUAUUGCAGCAAGAGUUGGACGUGACUCUAGCUUUGUGCCACCACGAAAGGCAACGGAACGACGAGCUCGAGAGUCAAACAGAUCAAGAUGCUUCGUCCCUCGAGCAUGUCCUGACGCAGCAACGCAAUGCACUGCUCGAAGCAAAGGAGGCUUUGAAGGCCGAGAGAGUUAGAGGCCAUGACCUCCGGAGGCGGACUAUUCAGCAAGAGAACUGGCAAGCGCUACAACCUCCAUCGGGGCCUUCAGCGAGGCAAUUCGCGUGGAAAAACCAGAACGAGAUGGCAGCAGCAGCGGCGGCAGCGGCAGUAGCAGCUCAGCGCCAUGCUCCGAGCCCGCUGGCCGAGCUUACGACACGCCUGGACUACUUCAAGGAGAGACGAUCACAUCUCUUGGAGGAGCUCCAUAGCCUGGAUCCAUCGCUGGCUGUGCCUCUCCGUCCGAGCGAGAGCGCAGCAUUGCCACCGGCAGCGCCAGUGCUGAGCCCCUGAUUCGAAGUUCUUUUUGGAGCUCCCAUUUUUGUUCUUGACAUCAGGAGCUGAUUGAUACGACGCCUGGUUUGUUGCUUUCACUCUCUCUCUCUCUCUUGAUGUGCUUAGCUUGUAAACAUUUAGUCUGUCACUAGCGUGCUUCACAUAUACUGAUCUUGUAAUGCAAUAUACCAGAAAUGUGAAUAUUCUUGGAUAUA